ACUUGUCAACCAUUAUUAAAGACAACAAAAAAACUUUUCCGCAAAAAGUACGGUGUUCAGUUUCUCCUAGACACAAUCCGGAUAUACUACAGCAAAGAAACUUCAUUGGCACCAGAAGAUCUAACAACCAUUAGAGCAUCUCUGUUUGGACUCAUUAAAUAUUUUCUGAGCAAAGGUGGAACUCAGGAGGAGAUUCAAAGUAUUAUUGGUUACAUAGCAGCCACUAGUGAUGAACAACAGCUUUAUGGCAUUUUAGAGAUUGUCUACCACCUCCUGAUAACCUCUCCCACUAUAGAUCAACUUUUCCUGCUUCUGUUUGAGCCAGGGAGCGCUGAUAUGCUUUAUGCUUUGCUGUUGAAUCAAAGAUACUCUGAUCGACUUAAAGAACUUGUGUUCAAGAUAUUAGAACAGAUGCUGAAUUGCAUUAAGGUGUAUGAGAAAAGCAAACAACGAAUUCGGCUGAGAGAAGUAGGAUAUUCAGGGCUAGGAUUGCUAGUAAAUGAAGCCCAUGUCUCUACAUUACUGAUAAAAGGACUUCUUAAUCAGAUCUUUAGGGCAGACCUAGUUGUAAACUAUAAAGAUUUGUUAGCAGUCGUGCAUAUGUCCCACAAAUCUGACCUGUCUGUACGCGUGGCCAUCUGUAGAAAGGUUUUGCAGCUCCUACAGUUCCAACCCGAUGCAGCUUCUCAGAUUGCCCAACAAGUUGGC